AUGGAGAGGGGCGAUGGAGUGGGGAGUGGUGUGCGCAUGGGGGGCGGUGUUGUGGAGGAUGGUGAUGGAAGAUUGAGAAUGGUGUGGUGGGCGGAAGCGGGAGGUGGGGAUGGCGAGGUGGAUGUAAGGAUAUGGAUAGAGGGAAUGUUGGUGCAUCAGCAGCAGGCGCGUUCAGGUACACCUCCGCUAGCAGCGACAACUGCGCUUUCGCAGCUGUCGCAGUCGAUGCAGUCAAUGCAGCAAGAGAGAGGAGUGCAAGGGUCUCAGCACGGAGGUGGCGGGCAGCAGAGCGGUGGGUUUCCGGGUCAAGUGGGUGGGAGUGGAUCGCAGGUUGUGAGUGGUGGUGGCAGCCAGCAGUCGAUGGUGUUAGGAGGUGGUGUGGGGCAUGGGAGCAGCAUGCAGGGGAAGGCGGGCGGGGUAGCGUCGCAGCAGGGGGUGUCUGGUGUGAAAGCGGAUGCGCAGUACUCGGGUCAUAGUUUGCAGAACCAGCAGGGGCAACAGCAAUUGAUGAGGCCAAAGCUGGAGGUGGAGACGGAAAUGGAGCUGGAUCAAAAGCAGGCAAUGCAGCAAUUGAGGUCCGGUAACAAUGUGGGUGGCACGGCUGAGAUGCAGCUGCAAGAAGCUCUGCAGAGGCAGCAGUCGAAACAGAUACAGGCCCAUCUGAGCGUAUUGCAGCAGCAGCGAGUGCUGCAGGGGCUGUCGGAGCAGCACGUGCGCGACAUGACGAGUAUCCAACUGCAACAAUUGCAGCAGCAACAAGUCCAGAUGCAGCAGCAGCAAGCAAAUCUGUUGCAGUCAUCAGGGGCGAGGAAGCAUGAAGAUGUCGAGGCUGGAGUGUGCGGUCGGAGGGUUAUGCAGUAUCUGUAUCAUCAAAGGCAUCGGCCUCCUGACAACAACAUCGCGUUUUGGCGGAACUUUGUGGGGGAGUAUUUUGCGGCAAAUGCUCGGAAGAGGUGGUGCGUGAGCCAGUAUGGGAGCGGCGGUCGUCAACCGACGGGGAUUUUCCCACAGGAUGUUUGGCACUGCGAGAUAUGUGGAACGAAUCCGGGACGAGGUUUCGAGACGACAGUGGAGGUGCUGCCGAGGCUGAUGAAGAUGAAGUUCGACAUGGGACGGCGCGUCUGUGUGCAGAUAUCGGAGGUGGUGAACAGCAUGAAAGACCUGAUAGACCACAGUCGGGACAACGGUUACGGGCCGAUGGCAAGUUUGCAUAAGUUUCCGCGACGAAGCGACGGCAGCAGUCGAAGCAUGCUUCGGAUCGCGCAAGUAAGAGCGCUUCAGGAACAGCAGCAGGAGCAGGAGCAGGAGCAGCGGGGGCAGCAUGAGGAACAAGAGGAGCAGCAGGAGCAAGAGGAGGAGCAGCAGCAAGAGGAGCUGGAGCUGCAGAGCCUUUUGGCGGAGACGAAUACGAGGGGGUUGAGUGGGUUACAAGAGCAUUUUGAGGAGGAGAACGAAGUGGAUGGGCAGGGGGCGGAGGGGCUGGAGGAAGCGAUAUCAGGGGGGGCAGAGGCGGACCCUCUGAGUUCGUUUUUCGAGAGCAACUCUUUGGCAGCGCUACAGACAUCUCUGCAGGACAGCCUGGAGUCGGGAGGGAGCGUGGCAUCCCACCAAAGCAACGGGCAGAAUGGGGUAGGAGGGAGCUUACAGACGCAGCAGCACGUGCGGCAGCAGCAGUUGUCGUUGUGCAGAGGGGGAGGUGUGGGCGGGUCGGUGCAGGCAUCAGGGAGCAACCUAAUGAGUUCGUAUGGGAAUGGUUUUCCGUCGGUAUCUGGCGGAGGGGUGAGUGCGUACUCACGAGGGGAUUCAUGUGUACAGCAAAACAUGGAUGGGGGGAGCGUAGUGCAGCAGCAGCAGCAAGCGCAGGGCAAGCAUCACGGGAGCUCAAGUGGGGUGCAUCAGCUGCUGCAAGAGAUGAUGAUGAACCAGCAGGUGAGCCAGAACCAGGUGGCGUUGCGGCAAGGGGUGGGGGUGGGAGGUAACCCGGGGAAUGGGAUGGUUGGAAACUUGAGCGAGAGUUUGGGAGGGAACGUGGGGCUGAGCGGGGACAUGGUGGGAGUGGGAGGCAGCAAUAACGUGCACAACCUGGGGGCGAUAGUGAGCAGUCAGGUGGGGAUGAACCGGAACAGCGGAGAGGGUGUGGUGGGGAGCGGGAAUAGCGUAGGGAUUGGUGGAGUAGGCAGCAGCGGGGCUCAUCCGGGUGUGGGGAGCCACAGCGCGAGAGGUAUGGGGGGUGGUGCGCGGGGGAACGGGGUGGGGGGUCUGAGCGGGUUAAUGGGACACAUGAACGCGCACAACGCGAGGUUGAAUUUGGCCGCCGCUGUGGCGCAGCAACAGCAGCAGCACAAUCGGCUGCAGGAGCUGGGCGGCAGUAGCAUGUUAGGAGGGCUUGGAAUGGCCGGAUCGUUUGGAGGGCUGUUCAACUAGAAGGUCCAGGCGAAUGAGGUGGACGAGAAUAAAUACAGAAAUUUUUAAAUUUUUAAUUG